AUGAUUUCAUUAAACAGCCUUUAAAAUUCCAAUUAAAUGUUAUCAAUAUUGAUUUUAGAUAAAAUGGAAGAAUUCUAAAUCAAUACUAUGUUCACACCCCAAUAGUUAGGUGUUUAGUUUUGCAUAUAAUUUGGUUUAAAUUUAACAAAUUUACAAUUAGUUACUGAUAAUCUAAUAAGAUUUAUAUAGUCAGCAACAGUGUUACCUUAAUAUAGUAAUUUAGCUUAAUGUUAUGAAAAGUAUUUUAAUAUAAGACAGAAGAUUAUUCCAUUCAAAUCUUCAUAUUAAUUAAGUGAGUUUUUAGUUGAAAACAAAAUUAAAUUUGAGAAAUCUCAUUCAUAAAAUAAUUUACAUUCAGUGCAAAAAGAAAAUUAAUAAUAAUUCUAGAGAAACAAGUUUAUAAACUAAUAACCCUUUAAUUAAAUUAUGGAUAAUUGUUAAACUUUCAGAGAGAAAAAUAGAUGUGAAAAUUUAUAUUUAAAAGGUAAGAUAAAAUAAAUUGAAAGAAAUAAAAGCAGAUAAAAACAUUUAGAUAAAUUAGAUGUUUUAGAUGAAAAUUGUACAUUUAGACCUAAUACAAGAGUUAUACAAAAAUAGAAUCAACAAUCUUUAUAGAUAAAAUAGGAAAAAUAUUAUUAGUAUAUAUUUGACUGUUUAGAUAAUGAUAAGGAUGGAGUGAUUUCUAAAAAUUGUAUUGAUAUAAGUAAACUUAAUAUGAAUGAUGUUAAGUAUUAAAUUAUUAUAUAUAUAUAGUAAUAUUUUAGGUGUAUUGUUGAAAAUUGAGAAUGACAAUUUGGAAUUAAAUUAUAAUUAAUUUAUAUAAUUAAUAUUCUUAUGA